CUCCCACGAACAGUGGGCGGCGGCUCAGCCUUUCGUUAAUUCGCCGCCGGGAGCCCUGGGGCUUGGGUGCGUGAGCCGGAGGAGGAGAGAGCCCGCUCUCUUACAACACCCGGCCCCAGCCAGCCCUGGUGAUCCCGGGGAAAGGAGGCAGCCUUCCGCCGGGGAUCUCCCUGCCCUGGCGGGUUGCCCGGACCGUGCGGAGCGGCUCCUAUUGUCUGCGAGGCGGGCGGGACCAGAAGAGGAAAAGGCAGCUUGUCCCGGGGCUGGAGAGAGAGAGAGGCGCGCUCAGCCUUAAGCAGAUCCAGAUUUAACUGGAAUCACGUCGGCUGCACCGACACAGCCGCUCCAUGCUCAGAGACGAGGGUAAAUUCAUCCGGGCACGGCGAGGGCGGUCCGCCCCGGAGCAGACAAUGGACUGAGCACUGUGAAUUCAUUCUCGGAGCGGACAUUGAGGAGGGACGGAGGGAGGAAUUCACCUCUUGAGGGGGUUGGGUCAGGAGGGAAGCAGACGUGGGUCUGGCCAUGGGCUGUGGGUCUGUACGGUGGAGGGUGUCCUGAGCCAGGAGUUAGGGGUUGAAGUGUGUGUGGGUGUGGGGUGAGGUGAAGUGGGGAGCGGUAAAACCACUUGGAUCAGGCAUUGAGUCCUGCCUGGGGCAGGGAUAGGGACCUGUAGGUUCGAUUUGGGAAAUUGAGGAGACCAGUGAUGCCUGGGACACUGCCUCCAAUCCCGUAAAGACUCGAGUGGUGCCCGGGAGGGGGGAACGGGACUCAGGACGUGCUGGCACAGCCCCCCCCCCACCAGGGGUGGGGACUCGGGGAGCAGGGCCGGGGUCUCCUAGGAUGGCCUCCCUCCCGAAGUGGAAGGCGCAGCUUUUGGAGAGGAAGAGGAGGGAUGAGGAGGAGGGCAGGAGGAAGGAGGAGGAGGAACUGGCAAGGCUGGCCAGCAUCCCGGCCUGGAAGAAGGAGGUGAUGGAACGGCGGAGGAGGAGCCGCCUGGGCCCCCGGCCGCACCCGGCCCCGCAGCCUCCGGACCAGGCCGAGGAGCCCCUCCCCGCUGGCUCCGGCGAUCCCGGCACCCAGGAGGCGUCGGUGCUGUGCGAGGCCAUCGCCCCCGUCAACCGCAACCCCUUCGUGAGGCAGGAGAGAAGGCGAUGGGACGAGGGGGCCGGGGCGAGGCGGGGUCCCGGGGUCAGGCCGCGGCAGCUGUCGCCGCCCCCUCCUCUCCCCUCGGCCCAGGCGGGCUGGGCUGCCGCGGUAGAGCAGCCGGGCAGGAGGGCGGGCACGCACAGGCGCCCCCUGGCCCCGGAGCCCCUGACCCGGAGCGUAGAGGACCUGAGCUGUUUGGGGAGGGAGCAGGAGGAGGCGGAGGGCGAGGAAGAGGAGGAGGAGAGGGAGCAGGAGCCCCGGCGGGGGAGGGUCAGUCGACUGCUGAGCCGCUUUGGCCAGCGACGGGGUGUGACGGCCCGCUCCCGCAGCACCGAGCCCCUCCCGCGGCUCCCCUCGCUCCCCUUGACCCGCGGCCCCCCCUGCGGGGGGCCACCCCCAGAGGCACGGAAGCCUGAGCCUCCCCCUCCCACCUCCUCCUUGCCCCUGACGGAUGGCAACUAUGUGGAGGAGGGCGCUGGCUUGGCGGGAGAACGGCCGGCGGAGAGGCCCGGGGAGGACGAACAGGGUGCAGGGCUCCUGGGGGGGGUAAGCCAAGCCCAGGGGGCCGAGCCGCCCCCCCUCGCCCUCCCCCUCCCCACUGCCCGCCCACCCGAGCCUGAGGCCUGCGGUAGCCCCGGGGCCGGCAGCCAUCUGGAGCUGCAGCCAAUCAGCAGCUCUUCCCCUUCCUGUGCUGGGCCGGCCUCCGACUGCCUGCCUGCGGCAGCUGCAGCCACAGCCGCUUCCUGCCCUGCUGCAGCGGAGUGGGCAGGCGGAGGAGGAGGAGAGGCAGAAGCGGAGGGAGAUGGGCCCUGGGCCCAGGAGGCCGAAGUAAGCCCGGACAGGCCCGAGUCCCCCGAGCAGCCGGCCCCCCACCAGGACUUGGCCAUGAGCGGGUUGCGGGGGUCCGAGGGAGAGAAGCAGGAGGCCCGGCUAUUCGCUAGGCCCGGGCUGGCGACCCAGAGCCCAGGCGGGAGCCCCGGGACGGAGCCCGGCGAAGGGCAGGGGCCCCGCGGAUUGUGGGGGGGAUGCCGGCCGGGCCUCACUCCGCAGAGGAAAGCGGGGCGCACCAUCACCAUCAACCCCCGAAAGAUGGCGGCCAGCAGAGCAGCAGCGGCAACGGCGGAGAACGGCACGGAGGCACCCCCGGCCGCCGCACCGUCCCCAGCAGCGCCGGCCAAGAAGAGGUACCCAACGGCCGAGGAGAUCCUGGUGAUCGGCGGCUACCUGAGCCUGCGAAGGUCUUGCCUGGUGAAGGCUGGGGCAACCCGGAGGAAGUUGAACAUCUCUUUUAACGAGUCUGAGUCCAUCUUCGAGUACCCGUCGGAGCUGGCGCUGCUGGCGGAGUUUGGCGCAGGCGAGGACGAGGUGCUGCCCCAGGUCCGAGAGCCUCAGGAGGAAGAGGAGGAGGAGGAGGAAGAGGCGUUGGUCUCUCGCCGGGAGGCGCCUGGCUCGCCCGUGGUCAGAAGGGCAGUCCGCAGGAAACCGCUGCUUGUAGACGAGAGCUGCAGGUGAUGUUGGACGUCCGCCACCCGACGCUCGACUUCCGUAAAUGCCACCGAACUCUGCUUUAAGUCUCGUAAGCUGCUGAGGACCACAUACCCAACGAGAACAAAGAUAACAACCCAGGAGCCUUUGGGGUUUCCCUUCCGUUCACUGGGCCUGCAGUGGAUGUCUCUGUCGAGGUGCUUCGCUUCCUCUGGGUGCUUUUCUCAGGAACGCACAUCUCCACCAGGUCAAGUGGAACUUGUGACCACAGCCGGAGAGAACGGACAUUGUGUGUUUAUACUGUUAGGGGACCACUGCGGUUCCUCGCCCGAACGUAACUUCCCAAAUGCCAAAUCCUUUUUCCCAGCUUCACAUGCCGGAUUAUAUGAAGUUCUUGAAGAACGUAGGCUCCUGCAGGAAGAACAGUUGCCACGGUGAUGUGUGUGUGUGCGUGCGCAAGUGAAGGGGGAUUUGGUAUGUCAAUAAUAUUUAUUCCUCCCCUCGUGUGUAAACAAGGGCGCGUGCUGUAUUGUGACAGGGUUUCUCUCCGUGGGGAGACAGGACACUGAGCAGAAGUGAAUAUCCCAACCUUCUUGCAAAGGAGAAGGCCCCCCCCGCACCCCCACAGACCCGGGUGAGGGUGAAGUAAGGGCGACGGAGGCCUGGUACGGUCCAGACUUGGACCUCAUCUGCGCUGUCGGAAGGUUCAGAAUUCCCAGUGUAUUUCGGACAUGGGCAGGACCUCUCCAACAACACAACUGGGUCGCUGGCCAUCCUGGAGUGAGCCUGCCAUUCUCUUACUUCCCGCCAUCGGUUUACGACCCCGCUCACCGCAAAGAAGGCUUGGAGACCCUGGGCCAGCCUCCCCCGGGAUUUUCCAACCCUAAUUCCUUCAUCGUCCCUCUCUUUCUGCACAGCAUUUUGGGAACUGGGAAAACAAGGAGGAGCCAUAAGACUAUAAAACAUAGGAUUAGAAUUAGCCAUUCAGCCCAUCGAAUCUGCCCUGCCACGCAAUCAUGCCUGAUAUUUCUUUCUAACUUGCUUCUCCCGCCUGCCCUCCGUAAACCUGAACCCCCUUACCAAUCACAAACCUCCUCGAUCUCUGCCUCCACAGCCCUCUGUGACAACGUGUCCCACAGAGUCACCUCCCUCUGGCUGAGGAAAUCCCUCCUCCUCUGGGUUCUAAAAGGACGUCCCUUCAUUUGGAGGAGGAUGUAACAAUCCCAGCUACUUGUCCAUCCUGGGAUGACCGGUCCCGGUGAAAAGCAAUCAGUGUGCGAGGAAAUACGUCCAACGGUACCUCCGACUCAGGAAUUCUUCCCCCAAAAUGACAGGGCUUUCCCCAACCCUCACCUCCCACUGGGCAUCAGUGAGGAUGUUGGCCUCUCUCUCUCUCCCCCCCCCCCCCCAAGUCAUUCAGACACAAUCCCUCAGAAUAAUCCUGGGAAUUGUCCCACCUUCUAGUCAUGCAUCUCCUCUGCCUGGAAGUGGAAUGCCACCCGACUCCUGUUAAUCAGAGGCACUGCACGGGAUAAAUCCUGGGAUAAUCCGUGACAACUGGCUGGUCCCAGGAUCACUGUCAGGAUACGAGAUUUCCUAAAAAAAAAACACCCCUCCCCGCUCCCAGAUGCAGUCUUCCAGUCCAUACAAGACAUUCCCGUCUCCCAGUUUACAAGCUCCAGAUUGUAUGUGUUUUUUUAAAAUAUAAACUUUACAGUAGAUUUUGUGUGGUGUGAAUGUGAGUUUUUAUGAUGAGUUUGGUGUGAGUGGUUAAACGAUGCAUGUCAACAAUUCUGCUGCCACAGCCGCAUCCUCCUUGGAAGUGUAUUCACACAUGAACCUCAAUAAAGUUUUGUAACUGGUUCAAGGGCAGCUGAAGUCCAGGUAUUGG